AUGUCAUCCUGGAAUUUCACCGAUGUUGGUUUCGACAACAUGCUCGAAGAUCCAUCUUGGGCCUUUUCUCACUUACCUCUUAACAACAGCUCAGAGUUUAUCCUCGAAGCUCCAAAAGAGGGAGAGGAAGAAUUCGAAACAAUCCCACUAGACGAUAUGUAUGAUGGAGAUGACGAAGAUUCUAACGAGGAAGAUCUGGAUGAUUUACUUCUCCAACUCGAACAGGCGGAGGAGCAAGAAAGAUUAGCACAUGAAAAUUACAGUCGAGCAAAAGAUAGCGAGCAACCAAACUCCCUGAGCAACAGCUCAGACUAUUCACAAGAAUCUUCCUUCAACCUCCAGUGUCCUCCUUCAAGGAUGAAUAUAUCUUCAAACAUUCGCCAAACUACAUUCGUUAUUGGCAACAAUUACGAAUUCGAACAGAGAGGUAAAGAGAACGCCCCCAGGAUAUCCGAGGUGCCCCGUCGAAAGAACCGAGCUCCAGCCUCCUUACUUAAACUCGAUUUACCAUCUCCAAUUGAUUUUGGUAAAGUAUUCUCUCCAGAAACUUCUGAAACAAUGGACAACGACUUUGUUCCUAAUAUGCUAGAAGGUUUUGAGACUAUGAACUUUGGCGAAUUGAUACAAGACUACGAAUCUAGCGAUAUUUUGCACCCAACCAAAGCCCAAAAAUUCCGCUGCGAUAUCGAAACCCCGGCAAUAUUUAGCAUGGAACCUCAUUGGUUCCACGACACUAAAUACAAUAGGUGUUGGUGCAUUCAUUGUAUUCAAUAUCGUAAAACACAAUCCACAGGUGAGCAGAUGGAAGCGCAUGAUUUCAAUUACCGUUGCCUCUGUUCUUCUUGCUCAGAGCUUUAUCACGAGGCCUUGCCUAAAGGUCAAUCCUGUAAUUGUUCAAGUUGUACUAAUGUCAACAAGGACGAAGAUCCUACAGAUCAAAACAAAGCACUUGCUGAACUCCAAAAACAGAUUCAACUCCAAUCACCCGAACUACGAAAUCAAGAUUCAGAACAACUUGUUACUGACACCUCACAGAAAUCACUGUCAGACCCUCCUUGCAAGGACAAGGAGUCUACAACAGUUGCAAGUGAGUCCGUUGGUGGUCCCUCAGAAUUACUUAACAUGAUUCGUGAGAACUUAUGGUUGGAUUCUGACUGUGAUACAGUUGGUGAUUUCGAUGAGGAGUAG